AUGGCUGGUGGUAAGAGGCGGAGGAUUUGAGGAUGGAGACAUAAAUAAUAAUCUGUAAUAACUGUCAUGCAUACCACCCCAUGGCAGUAUAUAAGUGGGCCGCAGGAGAAGGGACAGGCCCGGUGAAUGCGUUUCCUUGUCACCCUGAUACGAGCUAGUUCAUGUGACGUCAGCUAAAUGCAAGAGACAGUGAUCUCGCGCUGAUGAGGAAGUCCGCUUCCAAAAUGUGACAGAGCAGUCACGCUGCUAUCUCGGAAUAGGCUACAUCUGCCGUCGCUUUACAAAAAGGUAAACUUCAACAUUGACUAUCAGAUUCUCAGAGGUGCUGAAUAGGAAUGAACUCACUGCUUUUUGUCUUUUUCUUUUCCCUAACGACCUCUGUAAUGUCCUGCUAAUUUUGUAUGUACUAGUUAAUGAGCAUUAAUCUGGUACCCCUGGACGCUAUUGUUCCAGGGAUGCCCAUUUGAAUGCAAAUGAGUGACAUUGUAAUACCAAGGUGCUUAUUAAACUGAUGUGUGUCCUGUCUUUUCUGGAAUUCAGGAGGCGAGGACAGGGCGGCUGGUCGGCUGCUGCUCACACCAAGUUCGGUACACAAAAUGGCAAGUUCUCUCCCUUUUGGAACGGUGAUGUCUUGCCCACGACUCGACAGCGGUAGGAAUGGAGCGUCUGCCGCCCCAAAGCCGCUGGCCUUCUCCAUUGACCGGAUCAUGUCCAAGACCUCGGAACCAAAAGGCAAUUUGGAUGAGCGGCGAGGAGUGGAGUCUUCGGGGGGAAAGAAGAUGCUCGGUUUCUGCUCACCUAUACCGUGCAUGAUCCCCCUGCAACCUUUUAGCUAUGACUUACAAGCCAAGGCGCUGAUGAACUACUCCGAAUUUUGGAAAUCUAAUUUCAGAGGAACGCUAUGCACUUCUGCCGCGAUGUGCAAAGCCAACUGCGGAAUGUGUUGCAAAACGGACUCGGGGUUGAAGCACUCUUUAUUACCCGGGAGCAGGGUGAUUAAACCCCAGGUCAUCCAUCAGGCGGUGGCGAUGCCCACCAACGGCUCUUUUUACUAUUUCAACUACCUGGACUCUGCUUAUCACCAUUCUGAGCUGCUAACCGGACACUUGUUUUCCUCUGCCCUGGCCAACUCUCAAGCCCAGGCUUCUCUCAGUGCGCACCAGAAACUGCUACUGCUGGAGAAUGCCAAACUCGCUAGCGCUUCGGCGGAGAAGUUUCCGACACCUCAGUACCCACACAAGGAGCAUCUCCCUGGCCAGCUCGACCAGAUAGUGAAAGAGAACCACAGCCUGAGCGCGGAGAAAAAUGGAGUGAAAGCGCAUAGCAAGCUCAACAACAGCUCCAUGGACGGAAAACCUAAAAACUUCACCUGCGAAGUGUGUGGAAAGGUAAAUUAUUUUUCAUUCAGUAAAACGAAUCGUAAAAAAUAAUAAUGAUACAAUUGUUAUUGUUAUUUGAUUUGCAAAUCACUUCCAUUUUCUCUAAACAAAAACAUAUAGGCCUGGACAAUUACUCAUUUUUUAACUUAUUUUAGAUGUUUUGUGUGCAAGAAUAGGCGUACCCCAUUUAUUUGGAAAUUAAAUUGAAGCUGAAUUGCUAAUUUCACAUGAUCAAAACACCUCACAAAUGAAAACAAGAAAAGUAAAAACGAGAUUGUUUAUUUUCUUCUGCAGGUGUUCAAUGCUCAUUAUAAUUUGACACGACACAUGCCAGUGCACACAGGCGCGAGGCCGUUCGUGUGUAAAGUGUGCGGAAAAGGAUUCCGUCAGGCCAGUACAUUGUGCAGACACAAAAUCAUCCACACACAGGUGAGACAUAUCACAUUUCACUCGUUUAUAACUCUAUUAAUUAUAUAUGACUGUAUUAUAAACUCCCUCAUGAUUGCUUACAAAUAAUAGCCUAAUAUUUAUUUUUCUUCAUUCUUUAUCAGGAAAAGCCUCAUAAAUGCAACCAGUGUGGCAAGGCGUUCAACAGGAGUUCAACGCUGAACACUCACAUACGAAUCCAUGCCGGGUACAAACCAUUCGUCUGCGAAUUCUGUGGGAAGGGAUUUCAUCAGAAAGGUAAUUAUUCACAAUUAAAAGCCUUUUCAAAAUAUUAAUCAUAUGUCCUCUUAUGCAUAUUUGUACACAAACACGCAAUAAGGGGGGGGGGGGGGGUAUGGCCUAUGUUUUGAGAUUAAGAUAACACCGAUCAUAUGAUUUUCAGACUGCAUUAUGAAUUAAAUUAAUAUUCUAGACACAUAUUCAUUAAAUAGCAUACUGUAAGUAAUUGUAUGACAAUAGCGAUGAUGGUUGUGAUUUUAUAUCGCAGUUAUAACCCAAUGAUAAUAAGAUUAGGUCCAAAAGUAACAGCAAAGGUACACAAUUAUUAUUUAGAAGCCUAUUGGUAAAAAUGGAUUCCCAGUGCAGCGCUCUGAUGAUCCAGAAGCAUCAAUCUAAAUAGGACAUGUCACUUUACACUAACUAACUCUCCAUACAAUACGCUUAAAUUCGCCAUGGGUCAAGAGACAGACCUUUCCCAGGUUUAUAAUCCGACAGUUUUCAGUUGUUGUUGCGUUUGAUUUUGACAAAGUUUGACAACUUCUUGACUUCGACAUGCAAAGCGCUGAUUAAUGAAGGCUGUAGAAUGGAGCGCCUUUGUGGAGAGUAACUUAAUGAUGAACUAUGGACCUUGAGGAGAAAAAAGGAACUCAGUUUGUGUUCCCUUUCGUGUAUGCUGUUCAUUUUAUUCGCGAUGUUCAUUUUUAGUCAUUGAAUUUUUCAAUUUCAGGAAAUUACAAGAACCACAAGCUGACGCACAGCGGAGAGAAACAGUACAAGUGUUCUAUCUGUAACAAGGCCUUCCAUCAGGUCUACAACCUAACCUUCCACAUGCACACGCACAACGACAAAAAGCCCUUCACGUGCGGAACCUGCGGGAAAGGCUUCUGCAGAAACUUUGACCUGAAAAAACACAUAAGGAAGUUACACGACAAUAAUUCAUGUAGGCCUAUAUCUGCAGCGACCGAUUCUUCCAGGGGACCCGAAAGCUGAGUUUUUCAUUUGAUUUGGAAAGUCUCCUUUACACUUAAAUUGACAGUUUAUUAUGACUGCACUAGUGCACAUUUCUAUGAUUUUUUUCUCUCCAGUUUUUAGUUAUCAAAAAUUGUUAAAAGAAGGAAAACUAUAAAGCAUAAAAAACAUUGAGACACUUGAUAGCCUGAUUAAAUACCAUUUUGUGUUUGAGGGUUUUUAUUAUUCGUUUUUUUUUUUUUUAUAAUAAUGAGGAUGAGAAUUUUGCACUGUUGCAUUGCAGUAAAUCUGACCCUGAAUGGAUUAAUGUUAUAAACAUUUAUGAAGGAAAUCAUGACUAUUUGCUCAACCCAUGGGGACAUUCAGGAGUACAUAGUUUUUCUUUUCCCAUUGCAUAACGUGUGAAAAUCGAAUUGUAAAUAAUAUGAAAAUAAAAUAUUAUUUAAAAGUGUUUUACCGUGGGCGCAUUUUUAUAAAUUGCAAUGUAAAUGUAAAUUAUAAAUUGCAAUGUAAAUGUAAAAUUGAAUGUUUAA